AUGACCGGCGAGCUGCAUCCUAUCUUUAACGCUGAUGCGCUCGGCGCUUCCCAUAGGCUCCAUGCGCACACACAUGGCGACGGGACCAAAAUUGUGGCGUAUUAUAACAAGCAUCUGCGCCUAGGCAGAUUCACAGAGCAAACAUACAAAAGCUGGCACGCAGAGGUGGACGCAAAAGCAAGCAGUAUCUUGAAUGGCUCUGGUAGCUUGCUAGCCUUCUAUGGCGAUCACAUAAUCGAAGUGGUAGAUAGGGAGGGGAAGAAGAUUACAUUAACCGUCAACGGAGGCAUCAAACAGGUACUAUGGCACCCUCUGGCAUACCUCGACUCCUGUUUGGUUGUGCUAACAGGGCAGGAGACGAUAGAGAUUUACGAACUGAACGAGCCGCGUUAUGAAAAGCCGACAUUGGUCCUUAACGAGCCGACUUCGCAGCUGGGUAUCUCAUCACGCGUCAUCGACAUCACCAAUAUAGCAUUCGCUCCAGAUGGCCUGUCAUUGUAUCUAUUCUCAACUUCGGAGGGUGGUGACGUGCAUGUUAUAUGCCCACUGCUGCCCAGUAGGAUCAAGGCAGACCGCGCCAAGUGGGCUAGGCAGUGGAACAAGGCGACCGCUCUGUACAGUACUCUGACGAAGGAUACUCCAGACGACGCUAAAGUUGCAACGAUAGAGUAUCUCGAAUUUGUUACGCAACUUCUACAGGCGAUCGAGAAGAAUGGCAGUGACGGCGAGCUAGUGAUUCCAGAACACAGACGGAGGACGAUAUCGCAAGGGCCUUACAACAUUCACGGCUUCCCAGAAAAGCUUUAUAGUGCAGUCGGCACAAAACUGACUGUUGUCCCGCUCGGUGAAUCAGAGGCACAUCUGCUUCUACUAAGCUUUGACGACUCCACCAAUAUCUUGCUCUUCCCAAGCACAGAAGUCCUGAUGUCGUGGACGAAAGAUCUCAAGAAUGCUUAUACAUUAAUGCUGGUAGAAGAAUUCACAGCUACAGGGACCGCUUUUGCAACCUGUGAUGGAGUUGCAGUUCUUGGCAUAGACUCUGCGCAGAGAGUGGAAAUUCCCUAUUUACAGGCACUGGAGGACUGUAUCAGGGACUGUAACUUGGCCGCCUUGCAGGAUAUCAACUUUACUUCGUCCAUCUGCAAGAUACCGGGGAAGUUUCACUCAGUGGCCCGCUUCAAUGCGCCAGGUAACAAGGGCAUCAUUCUAGUUGGUGACCAUCAUGCCAAGAUCGUCCCAUCUACAGAAGCCGCCAAGUCGGAUACGGAAACAGAACUGGACUCGCAGCCAGGGAAGGAGCCAACAUACACUGUCUGUUUCCCAAAUUCCCUCGAAGAAAUACUCAAUACAAACAAAGAACUACAACGCAGGAAACACCAGCCUCUGCCGUUAGUCCCCCCUGCUCUUAAAAACAUCCCACUUAACAGCGAUCUCAACGAGCAGCACCUUGCUACCUUAACUAACAUUUCCAAAGAAGUAAUGGACCGCAUCAUCCUCUCUCAGUCCGCGGGUCUCCUGAUGCACAACCGACUCUCUCUUCAGCAAUACGAGCUCCAUCGCCAGGUAGAAACGGUAGCCGAUAUCUGCUCCAGGCACUCUGUGCUUCGGGACUCCUCAGAGGCCAUGUCCUCGCGACUAACCUCCGUCCUCAAAAGAGACCGCCGUUUGAAACAGAGAUUGUGCAUGCUGCAAUCUACUCUGAACCGUAUCAACUCUUCCCACAAGUUCAGCGACCUGCCGCUCAGCAAAAAGGAGGCCGAUUGGUUCAGAGAGCUGAAAAACCAGGCUAUUUCCUUCAACGACUACGUGCUACAGAGCGCACAGCUGCGCGACGAGCUUGCAUUCCUCAAAAACGAACUGGAAUCCUUACCAGAACACAGACAACACGACCGCCAGGAAGAGGAGCCCUUCGAUUUCCGCCGCCUACAAGAGCUGCUAAAGCUGGACUCGAAAAUCAUCACCGAGUGCACCGACAACCUGUCUGCAGCUGCGAGAGAGUUGGAGCGCAAGCUAUGUAUUUAA